AUGCGUGUAGCUGCACACUACGCAGUUUCGCAGCAACAGCAGACUGCGCGUUUGUCGUACUACGUCAUCAGCGUGCGCUCUCUCCAACGUUUCGCUGUUCUUUCACAUACGACCAAUAAGUCAUCCCCACCAGCCUUACCGCCUAAUCAGCCUUGGCUUGGUGCAGUUGGAAAGUGUACUGCAAACCCUCAGCCACCAGAAGGGCUUGGACUGAUCACCCAAGUCUGGAGGUCAGACCUGAAGGAUGUGAAGUAG